AUGCGUCUCAGCGACUAUGGUAAACGAUUUGAAGAUUGGAUGGUAAAAGUUUUUUACAACUAUGGACUCUUCCUUGCGAAACAUCAAUUUUGGUUCCUCGUCGGUCCUCUUAUUUGUACAGUUCUAUCCAUACCAGGACUUUUCUUCUUACAAAUCAAUCUUGAUCUCUACAGAUUAUUCGUCCCAACAGAUGCACCAGUUCGAUACGAAUUCGAAAGAACAAAAGAUUUCAACCGUUUGCCUCUUGGUGACCUAAAUUUGAUUCCGAAGAGGAAUCGACGAGAAUUCGAUUGCUCUGAUGCGUCGUGCUAUUUUCCAGAUGUAGAGAUGGAUAGGUUACGGAGGGAUCUGGAAGCUAUGGAAGAUGAGGCUAGACAUGAUGUUCCGUUCGGAAAUGUUACUAGCUUAGCUAGAUAUAGAAGAGAUACCAAUAAGGAUAAGGAGAAGAAGGAUCGAGAGAGAAAGCUAGUUCCCGCCAAAAAUGAUAUCCUUCGGUUCUACGUUGUCCAUCGGAAGUAUGACAACUUGCUGCAAUCCAAAUAUCUUGGAGCUUUAUUCCAAUACACACAAGAUAUGAUGAAAGUCACAAAUGAUUAUGAAGGAGAGACCUGGGGUCUAGAAGAUUUUUGUACCAAAGAUCCGGGAGCCAGCACUUGCAACAACAAUCUCAAUUUAUGGAUCAAACACGCUGAUGUUCUUUUCAAGGAUGGAAAAAUCAAAGCCAACCCUAAUCUUCAGCUCUCUUACCCAGUUCUGUACCUUUUCAAUCGCCCAAAAGAUAUUGGAAACGUUAUCUACGGAGUAGACGUGAAGGGAGAAAAGAAUGAAAUUCAAGGAGCCAGAGUUUUGACUAUCCAUUGGUUUGUCAACUAUCCAGCGACACCAGAAAACAAUGCCGCCUACUACGCGUUCCGUCAAAAGCUCAAUAAAUACUGGGAGAGCAUCGCAGAAAACAGUGAUCUUCAAUUUAUUCCUCACAAUGACAAGGCAAUGGACGACGAAAUGCUCGAAAUCAUCAAGACAACCGUUCCAUACGCAUUCCCAGCUACUAUCUUGCUUACCAUUUAUGUGCUUGUUGCAAAUUUCAGUUGGGAUAGAACGAAGUCCAAACCAGUAGAAAUGUGCCUUGGAGUAUGGUGCGUCAUCUUCGCCCUCAUCAUCACCUUUGGAGUAUUCUUCUUCUGUGGAGCUAAAUUCAAUCCAGUCACGUCUACAAUGCCUUUCUUGGUUUUAGCUGUAGGGGUCGACGAUGACUUCCUUAUGGUUGCUGCUUGGAGAGAAUGUGACCGGAAACUGUCGCCUGCGACGCGAAUAGCUUUAGUGAUGGGUGACGCUGGAGCUUCAAUCACUGUCACCUCCUUCACCAACUUCUUCUGCUUCUUCCUCGGAUGGUUGAUGUGCUCGACACCAGCUGUUGCUGAUUUCUGUAUCAUCACUGCCGUCGGAGUGUUCUUCGAUUACUUGAUGCAGAUCACCUUUUAUGCUGCUGUCCUCAAGUAUUCCGGAGAUCGUGAAGAUAAAGGAGGACUGGCGUGUUGUACUGGUUGUUACACGAAAAUCGACGAAGACGAUGACGAUGUUGAAAGAAAUCGUGCUAAAAAUGAAGCCGCUAAGGAGAAGGAAGAGCAUAUUGAUUUCCAGCACCACGAGAAAACUAAAGAUCUCCCCCUCAUGCACAGACUUUUCCGCGACUAUUUUGCACCAUUCAUUAUGAAUAAAUGGGUUCGUAUUGGUUCCCUUGCUCUGUUCCCAAUUUACACAGCCUUUGCUCUCUAUGGAUGCUCCAUUCUUCGCGUAGACAUCUCUCCUGUCAAGUACAUUCGUGACAACUCCCCAAUCCAGACUUUUGUAGCCCUUGCUGGUGAGUUCACUCAUCUACUGAUAAUCUUAAUUACCAAAUCUUCAGAUAAGUACAUCUGGGCCGAUAACGUCAUGCCAACAUUCCACAUCAUGAAUCCACCAGACCUUCGUGAUGCUGGAGCACGUGCCAGGCUGAAUGAACUUGUAUUCCGAUUAGAGCACACUAGUUAUUCUAUUGGAAGAGUCUCGACAAACUUGUGGAUUUGGCAGUACCAACAGUAUUUGAACGAUUUUCCAAAUAUAAACUACACCACUGAUUUCUAUGAUAGAAAGAACAUGAGAGACUUCUUCUCGCAACUCGAUUACUCACAGUACAGAGAUAAGGUAAAGAUUCUGGACAACGUCACAAAUGGAGAGCCAUGCAUUUCCGCAUUCUCUUUCCAAACCUCUUUUUAUGGACUCGACAGUUGGGAUAAGAGACAGUCUGAGCUGUUCUUAUGGCGUGAUAUCCUCAAGGAGUAUCCAGAUUUUGACAUGUUCCUUUCUGGAAUUUUCAGUCCUUUCUUAAUUGAUCAACGUCACACAAUCGCCCCAUCUUCUAUGCAAACCAUUGGAUCUGCAUUGGCUAUGAUGGCUUUGAUCUCCUUCUUUUUCCUUCCUGAUGCGCUCUCGGUGUUCUGGAUGACAUGGUCACUACUCUCGAUUUCCAUGGGUGUUUGCGGUGGUCUUGCUCUUCUCGGCUCUGAUUUGGACUCUGUCAGUAUGGGAUGCAUUGUGAUGGCUAUCGGAUUGGCUGUCGAUUAUUCCGUCCACAUUUGCUAUAGAUAUCACAGAUCUGAGUACAGCACCGCACAAGAGAAGGUUGCUGACACCCUCGCAUCAGUUGGAUGGCCAAUCACUCAAGCUGUGUCUUCCACUCUUGUCGGACUGGCUAUCACUAUUUUGGUUCCGGCUUACUUGGUCCGCGUAUUCUUCCAAACUGUAUAUCUUGUGAACAUUAUUGGUAUGACCCUUCAAAAUUUCAAUUUUUUAAAAUCAGCAAAAUUUCCAGGUCUAUUCCACGCCCUUAUCUGGCUCCCUCAGCUCAUCUCCGCUCUCGACCCGGUCGAGCGCGUUCCACUCAGAGAGCGUCAUGUAAUCUCGAAACAGAUCCCACAUACUCUUCAUUAA